AUGACCUUAGCGUUGCACUUUUCCCUUUUGCUGCAGAUGGAUCGCAUCCACAAAGCCCUGAUCAGCCCCGGUUUGGGGCUGAGCUCGCCCCUGAAGAGGAAGGCCACUUCCUGCGCCGUCUGUCGGCUGAGGUUCAACUCCGAGGCUCAGGCCUCGUCCCACUACAGUGGCACGAGGCACGCCAAGAGGCUGAAGGCUCUGGACCCCCCCGAUUCAAAGACCAGGACCUCUGAACCGGUCGCCAAGGAAACCGCAUCACAGAUCCUCUCCUCGCCCCGUUUGCAAGCCGAAACAACAUCAGAAGAGCCGUCCGCCCUGUCCAUCUCAGAGCCCUCCGAGGCCCCCAAAGAGCGGUCGGACUUCUCCCUGCCGGUCAGCCCGGGGUCGGCGGAGAAAGGAAAGGAGAAGGAGGACGAGACGGAGGAGGAGAAAGCCGUGCGACUCCUGUACUGCUCGCUCUGCAAAGUGGCCGUGAACUCAGCCUCCCAGCUCCAGGCCCACAACAGCGGGACCAAGCACAAAACGAUGCUGGAGGCAAGGAGCGGAGACGGAGCCAUAAAGUCCUUCCCAAGAAUGGGGGUGAAAGCCAAAACGUUGGCCCCCUCCGAGCCAUCGACCGGACUCCAGAACAAAACUUUCUUUUGUGAGAUCUGCGACGUGCACGUCAACUCUGAGACGCAGCUCAAGCAGCACAUCAGCAGCCGGAGACAUAAGGACCGCGCGGCGGGCAAACCGGCCAAACCCAAGUUCAGCCCCUACGCCCCCCCCCAGCAGGCCAUACGUCUGACCCUCAGAAAGAGCCAGGACCUGAGCAAACCUCUGGCCUCCUGUCUGCUGCAGCGCCAUCUUUCUGCCGCCGCCGCCGCCGCUGCCAUGGCAACCAUGCCCGCCUUCCCCCUCACGCCCGCCGCCCCCCCGCUGUUUCACAGCCAGGCGCUGCUCCACCCGGCACCCCCCCCCAUCUGCUCCACACACACACCGGUUCUGUUUGCCCCAUACUGA